AUGGCGCAGCAUGAACCAGAACCAGACCCCCAAGUCUUCGAUGAUGACCGCGUAGCCUCACUCGAAGCGCAAUUUGCAGCGUGGAAGGAACAAAUGGAAAUCGACAUGGAUAAGCAGUCCAAAGUUCAGGAGAGCAUCAAACUCUACGAAACUAAAAAUGCUGCGUUGGAAGACAGCAUCACAGAAUACAAAAGGUUACUAGAAGAGUACAAAACUAAUGUGGCCGAUCUGAAGAGUCUCAACUCGACAAUCACAAUGGAACUGGACAACGUGAAGCGAAGUCACACAUAUGAAUUGGACGACCUCCGACGGAAGUGUCAAAAUGACAUGCAGGAUGUCUGUGAUCGAUCUAAGAGAGAGCUUGAACGUUCACGCAACGAGAACAAAGACAUUGUAGAUAAGGUGGAGAGGGAACUCAAGGCCGAGAUUGACAAGCUCCUCAAAUCGCACAAAGAUGAGUUGCAAACGUUGGAGAAAAGGCUUAAGGCAGAGCUAGAGGAAGAGCGCGGCAAGCGACAGCGAGAGAAGCAUGACGUGCAGAAGGAGUUCGAUUCAGAGCUCAGGGCUGCGAAGCUCGAAGCUGAUACGAAGGAACGCGAGAACCAGCUGCUACAAGGCGAGUUGACCAACACCAAAUCCGAACUUGACCGAGAGAGGAUGUUGAGGAAUGCUUUGCAAGGUCAACUCACCAACGCCACCACCAGCAACCUGACGCUCGAAGCGUCAAAUAAGGCCAUGAAGGAGAAGAUCGACUUCCUGGAAUCCGACAGCCAGGCGCAAUCAUCGGCAUAUAACGAAUUACAUCGCCGAAUGGAAGAGGCAUUCGCCAUCGCCGAAGCAGCCCAGGAGAAACUUCGCCAGGAAGAGACCUUACGACGCAAGCUUCACAAUCAAGUCCAAGAGCUUAAAGGCAACAUCAGAGUGAUGUGCCGUGUUCGCCCUACCCACGAUUCUGAGAUCAGUCCCGCGAAGAUUGGCUUCCCUGAUGCAGACACCGACAGCAAAGAGGUUGCGGUGCAAGGGCCUGAAAAGACCAGCGCGAUGGGCACAAACAUCACUCAGACAUACGCCUACGCCUUCGAUCGUGUGUUCAGCCCUACAUCGCAAAAUGCAGAAGUUUUCGAAGAAAUUAGCCAGCUGGUACAAAGCGCAUUAGACGGUUACAACGUGUGCAUUUUCUGCUACGGACAAACAGGUUCUGGAAAGACAUUCACCAUGUCUUCUGCCGACGGUAUGAUACCCCGUGCCACAGCACAGAUCUACGCCGAAGCCACACGCCUGCAAGAGAAGGGCUGGCAAUACAAAUUGGAGGGUUCCUUCGUCGAAGUCUAUAACGAAACUUACAACGAUCUCCUCGGCCGUUCCGAAGACCUCGACAAAAAGAAGAUCGAAGUGCGCCACGAUGCCGCAAAGAAGCAGACUACGCUGGAAAAUGCGGUAUCCGUACCCCUAGACGGACCAGACCGCGUAGAAGAGAUCCUACAGCGAGCCGACAAGAACAGGACCGUCGCAGCAACGAAGGCGAACAUGCGGUCUUCCCGCUCUCAUUCAGUCUUCAUACUCAAGCUCGUGGGGGAGAACAGUGUCACAGGCGAGCGCAGCGAGGGCACGCUCAACCUCGUUGAUCUCGCUGGCUCGGAGCGUCUCGACCACAGCAAAGCCGAGGGUGCGCGCCUCAAGGAGACCCAGAAUAUCAACAAGAGUCUCAGUUGUCUGGGUGACGUGAUCAAUGCUCUUGGGUCGUCGAAGGAGGGGAGUCAUAUUCCGUACAGGAAUUCGAGACUCACGUAUCUUCUGCAAUACUCGCUCGGUGGCAACAGUAAGACGCUCAUGUUCGUUAUGGUAUCUCCGCUGCAGGCGCAUCUUCAGGAGACGAUUACGAGUUUGAAGUUUGCGACAAAGGUGCACAACACGCAUAUUGGAACGGCGAAGAAGCAGACGAAGGCGAGCGGGUAG